AUGGAUUGGAUGAAUGUUUUAAGACGAAACAGUGGGUUUGAUUUGCAGGUCUUCUCUUGCAAGGAGUUUGUGAAAAAAAAAUUACCUACGGUUCCCGUAUUACAGAUCAAUCCUACCAGACUGAUACAAUAUACGAAUAGGAAACAUACGCCGAGAAAUCAACAACACGGAAAAUUCUGAAACAAUUCCUUUUCUUUCUUCUUCUUCUUUGGGAUUGAGACUAAUUAAAAUGAUUGGAACAAUAAACAUCCAUCUUUUCCGUAUUUUGGAUAUCCGUAUAAUUAUUGA